AUGCGAAAAGGUAGCGAUCUUACUGGUGUCGAGUAUAACGUUCAAAGUUUCCUUAAUCUUUUCAGAUACUCUCAUCGAAAGUGGUUUUUUCAAGCGACACCGUUUUUCAGUUCGGACCAAGUUACUUAUCACAUCAACGUCUUGAUUACGUUUACGACGGUCUGUGUAGGAAGAGGUGACAGAAUCGGUGAACAAAUUGGUAUUCCAACGUUUGUAUGUGGUGAAAUUGGUGCUUCUAUCAAGAACCAACGACUAUUGGUCAACGGUUACUCGGUGAAUAAGUUAUUAACGAAGAUGCCUUUGGGAGGGUCUUCAACGAUGACUCAUAGGAAGAGAAAGAAAGAGUUCGAUCGGUGUUUCGACAUGGUCGGGUCUACAUCCAAAAAAUCAACUGAACAAGAUGACCACAUAGGAUCAUUCAAGGACGCUACAGAGAAUGUUAUCAUCAAGAAAAGGCAUCAAUCGGAGCUAGAAUCUAGUUCUGACGUAUUAACCGAAGAUUGCAAGAAACCAUUACUUAAAUCUUCGCCUGCUGAAGAAUGUGCUGCCGUAGUCCUCCCUGUUGGAACACCUGCUAAUGAGGAGACAUUCACCAGAUCGAAAAGCAAGAAAACGUCAGAUCGCAAACGUACGUUGUCCGAAAAUGCACGCAAGGAGAUGUCUGAUCCUGUUUGUCCAUACGAUAUGAGCGGAGUUUGGACGUUUGAGGGCUUUCAGCAUACAGUACUGGUUACCAUGUUUUAUUACCCAAAUAGGUUGAAAUACUCAAUGCAGGAUCGUAUCGAUGUCCGGAUAAAGUGUAUUCAUUGGCAGCGUGACAUUCCUCAUGGUGCAGGUCUCGUAAAUAAAAGGAACAUUUGUUUUGCCAACUCCGUAUUGCAAAGCCUCGUUCAUAUUCCACCGUUCACGCGCUAUACGCUGGAAAAACACAUUCAUAGCAACGGAGAGCAAGAGAAAAAGUGCGUCUGGUGUAUGAUGCGUCGUGCUCACUAUUCAAAGAUCUUCAAUUACAAGAAGCCAUAUUUAGCUAAAUGGGUUGUAGAACUUUGGCCAAGUCUGUUCUCCAAGAAGUACCGUGGUAGUCAGGAAGACGCUCAUGAGUUCUUUUUGAAACUCGCUGAUGCUCUGAAACUUAUUGAGGAGAAUAGUCCUAGUAACGAAACAUCACCACCAUCCCCCAUCGACAUAAUCUUUGGGGGCAAAACACGCUAUGAAACAACCUGUGCUGCUUGUGGUGAUAAGACAGUGAGAUACCAGAAGUUUUUGGAUCUCAGUCUUCCUCUACCUGAAACAUGGAAAAAAAGACGUGCGCCGAAUACUACUGACCUGCUUUCACUUCAUAUGCAGGAUGAACAAAUCGAGUGUAACUGUUCGAAAUGUGGUUCUAAGUGGAAGACUAUGUCGUCGAAAAUUCUCCGUUGCCCCUCUGUACUUCUUCUUCAUAUCUUACGUUUUUCUGGUUACAAAACAAAAUCCAGCAUGAGAAUAAAUAUCGAGAAGAAGAUUUCACUAAGAAGGUUCACAUAUUUGCAAGACGACGAGGACAAAUACGAACUAUCCGCAGCGAUUUUCCAUAUUGGGUCUUAUGCCAACCGUGGACAUUAUACAGUAAUGGCGAAAGGAUUCGACAACAGAUACUAUUACUUUGACGACAUUCAUGUUAAACGCGUCCACUCAAUGACAAUGUUUACUGUCCUUUCUAGCUACAUGCUAUUCUACAGUCGCACAAGACCUCAAAAAUGUGUGCCAAUUACAGAGGAUUCUUCGAUUGUGAGAUCCAAAACGUCUUUUUCUUCUGAUAAGAUCUCGUCAAAGACAGGUCGCAAUGCUGUUAUUCCCAUAAAGACUUCACUUGACAAACCAAAAGCUCAAAUAUCUUCAAGUUUUUCACCUAAGAAAGAUGUUAUUAAAGCAACUGAGUCCUAUUUUCCCAGUGGUAAUACGCCAUCUCCAAAAUCUUCCCCCUCCUUUAUUGCUAAAGACGAAGAAAGCUCGGCAAAUGAUUCUACUGGUGAUCCUGCGCUUAAGAGCAUUACCACGGAUAAUAUCCCGCAAAGCUUUUGUUUCAAAAGUGCUGGGAACGAAGUAAAGAACUUAUCCGAGAAUACUCAGAAUUCUUCGAGUUUUCUUAUAUGCGAUGACGAUCAUUACGAUGUUGGAAUGAAUACUACUAUGGAAGGCAAUGAGAAUAUCUGGAAUUCAAAUUCACACGGCGAAAAGAAUUUCAAACCUGGUGAAAGCGGAACAAUUGAUACUUCUGAUUCCAUUAACUUUGACAUUUCCUGUUGUGAAAACAAAUUUGGAAAAUUGGAUUUCACAAAUGCAGAUGGCGUGAAUAACAACGUUGGCUGUGGGAGUUCGAAUAGAAGAUCCAGUGCGUUUAAUGGAAGUGGCGAUGACAUGGAAAAGCAUGGUAAAGGUUUUGCUAAAGACCGUCAAGCUCGCAACAAACAUUCCACUAAAGCCUUCCGUAAUCAAGAUGGUGAUGAAGUUUCUGGACAUUUGUCACGAAGACGUAAGGCACAGGUCAAGCUAUAA